UUGUUUUAAAUACACGUGAAUUGUUUUCACGUUCAAAUCUGAGAGCUCUAUCAUAUAUUAUACUGACGGUUUCUGUUUAUAAUACAUUUUUUUGUACAUUUCUUGGAUUCAAAAUUAUCGAGGACAAUAAUAUUAUUAGCCUAAUGUUAAAAAUCUUAUAAUAUAUUAUUUCAGUUUAAAUGAUAAAUUGAUCAAAUUGACAUUCGGUUAAAUACUCUAAGAAACAUUAUUUAUAAACAAAUGUUACUGCAUAAAAAACGUCCAACGUGCUGUUUUCUGGCAAGUUUUUCAUUCAUUCUAGGAUGCAUAUUGACGCUAUUCGUUUCGUAUCCAAUAACAUUAAUAUCAAACACUUCACCAAAUGUAUUAAGAAUUAAGUUACUCGUACUUGUCCUAUCAGAUGUAAAAAAUUUAAAUCAAAGAGAUGCUAUACGUGAAACAUGGGCUCAAACAAAAGGAGACUUCAAAAUACUUUUUGUUGUAUCAAAAGACACAUUUUUAAAUGCUGAAAAGCUAUUACAUGACGACAUAUUGGAGGUAGAUGAAAAGGAUGAGUUUAGACUACUCACUCGUAAAAUAACAGCAUCAUUUUCUAGUGUAUAUGAUAUAAACUUUGAUUAUCUGUUAAAAUGUGAUGACGAUUCUUUUGUCAAUGUGCCGUUAAUUGUCAAUGACUUAGAACAUAUGCCUAAACAAAGGUUCUACUGGGGAUAUUUUGAUGGUGCUGCACCUAUUAAAGAUAGUGGUAAAUAUAAAGAAACUGGUUGGAUAGCAUGUAAUAGAUAUUUACCAUAUGCUUUGGGAGGAGGCUAUGUUUUAUCCAAAGAUCUUAUCAUUUUUAUAGUGAAGAAUCGAGAUUACCUAAGUUUCUUUGCUAGUGAAGAUGUUUCGGUUGGCGCUUGGUUAAGUCCAUUAAAUAUUACUAGAAAACAUGACCGGCGAUUUGACACAGAAUGGUGUACGCGCGGUUGUCAAAAUACUUAUUUAGUAACACAUAAAGUUAGUCCUGAAAUGAUGAGACAGUACUGGUCAAACAUUAUUCAGACUGGAAAACUAUGUGAUAAAGAGUUUAAAACUAGGGCUUCAUACGAGUAUAACUGGUCAGUGAAGCCAUCUGAAUGUUGUGUCAGAAAUUUGUCUUUAAUUCCAUAAAUAUAUUUUUUAACAUAAAAAGAAUGGUUUGAUUAUUAAUUUAAUAUACGCAUUUGAAAAUUGA